AAUCCAUGUAGCAAGUCCAACAAUACGUCGCGGAAGUUAUCUGGGAAAAGUCAAAAUGGCUGACACCGGCAGCAUGGCGGUAAAUUUAGGUGCACGUCUGUGGGCACCUUACAGAGCUUUACAGGAUGUUGUCAAUGCUGCCAUCCACAAGAGAGAAGCUGGUUCUAUUCAUGAUCUGGAACUGGCACUACGUAGACACAAGCCGGACUUCAUUUCUCUUCUUAAGGUUCCCCCAAAGAAUGCAGCAGCAAGGCAGAUUGUAUCCAAGGCUACCACUGAAGGUUUACAUGUACAAGGUGGCCAGAGAACGCAAAUAUUCAGUCAGCAGUUUGUGGCGGAAGCUUUGAUCCUUAGUGAUCUGUUCCAGAUGGAUGAACUGGCAGCUGUUGAGCUUCUUAUGGCAGGUGAAAACCAACGUCCUAACUAUCCAGGAUUGCCUAGAGGCCUGGUGGCAGUGCUUCUGUUCUACGAUGGACGACGUAGUCUGGUCAGCUCUCUGCGCUCACUUUUACAAGCACGUGAAGGUCACACAUGGACAUUAGGUUUGCCCUCCGAUGUUGUCCAUCUGGUCACUCAUUUUACUUCCCAGCUGCUAGAAGACAAGCUCGUCCACAAAAUUCUGGAUCUGAUCCAGUCAAUGGAUCUAGCUCAAGAACUUGACAGAUUGCAAAAACAGCGGGCUCUGGGACCACCUAGACAUAAAAAGCAGGUCAUAGACUUGUUCAAAGAAAUCAAGCAGACUCUGGCUGAGUGCCUCUUUUGCCUGGCCUCCCAACGUCCUCUGAAUAAGGCCGAGACUUUGAGGCUGGUGGUACAUCUGCAGACUGACAUCUCCCUGCAGGCUGACCAGACCAUGGACCCAGUGUCCCUUUGUCUUCUCAUGACACUCUUGUCCUGCUUUGACACCAGUCCACUAGAGCAUGGGGAUGCAGAGGUUCAAGCCACAUUGCCCUUGGUUGAUGACAAUACAUAUCUUGGGGACGUGCAUCUUCAGAUGAAAUCAGACCAGUGGGCCACAUCUGGCAUCCGAGCUGUCAGCCGGUUUACCUGGGGCCUAAUGUUGAGAAAGUUGUCUCAGUAUCCUAACUAUUCAGGAAAUAGUGAUCUCCUGGAGGAUGAUGAACAGCUGGUGGAACAGGCAAUAGAAGAUGACCUUUUCCCUUUUCUGUCGUCUUCUGUUGUUGCUGCUCAUGAGUUUCACCACGAAGAGUUUUAUGUCAGGCGAGUGCAUUGUUUACUGACAGAUUUCAUUCUACACAUGCCACUGCGGGUUAAAGAGCUUCGUAAUCGAGGAGAUGAAACUGCAAGGCUUAUUUUGGCUCAUCAGAUAGAAGGAAUUGAACCUCCUCCACAACGACGAGAUUUUCAACAUUUAUUGGAGCUGAUAGGAGAUGUGUACCGACAUGACCCUUUGAACUUGGAGCUGUCUUUGGAGUAUUGGUGUCCAGUGGAUCCAGUUGCAGCCAAUGAAUCUGCCUAUUCAUAUCGCCCUCCUCCCCGACAGGUGGCACUAUUCAAGUUUGUACGCCUGGCAGGGGACCUGCUUCCUGCUCCACUCUUUGUGCCAUACCUGCAGAUGCUGACAGGGCUAGCAAGCUCGCCACAGUGUGCUCAACAUGCAUUUAACUUGUUGAAGAUGAAUGGUAUUAGCUCAGGUGGAUCAGCAAGCUCAGUGUCUUGGGAUCACUUCUUUGACUCCCUCAUACAAUACUAUGCCAGCAUGAGACAGGAGAGCCCUGCAGUGAUGGAACAUGUGGGGGUUCCAUUCCGUCCCCCUCCUGUCCGCACCAUCACACCUCAGGAGCUGGAGGGACUCUGCGCUGUUCUAAAGCUCACACGGACGAUUGCUGAGCAGAAUGAGGUGUGCCGGGGAUCCUUGUACGAGAACCAGCGCUGGUCUGUGGUGGCAACUCUCUUUGGGCUUCUGGGCUGCAGUGUAGCAGUUUCCCUCAAGGCAGAACUUCUUUUGACACUUGCUGCUUUGUCUCAGACUCCUUUGAUUGCUGCAACUGUAUGGCACUCAUUAGAAGCAUCUCAGAUUUUGCCAACCAUUCCAUCUGAAAAAAAGGGAGGCAUUGGGGUUGAGCUGGAAGAAAUAGAGAGCCGCAACGAAGAAUAUCCGAUGACGAGAGCUUUUCUUCAGCUUUUGAACGUCCUGACAGAUAUCCCUAUUCCACCUGGCCUCGGGGCAGGACUGCGUGCUCCUGGUUUUGAUCCAUAUAUGGACUUCAUCAUACAAAGUGUUUUACUCAAAUUAAACUCGCGAGCAUACAAAGAUGCCGGAGAAAAGUGGCAGGUAUUGUCAAGUGUACUGGAAAUCCUAUUCAAGCUAUUGAGGGAUCACGAGGUGUCUGAAAAUGAUUUUCGAGAUGAGCUCCUGGAACUCCCAAGUGGAGGAACAGUUUCAGCAAGUAAACCACCUGGGUUUAUCCUUCUUCAGAACAUGUUAAAUGAUUCUUCAUUGUUUAAGAUGGUGAUGAGAAUCCUGGAUGAGGCUGUCACACUAUGUGAGACCUAUGCUAGCUUCUCAGGCAGGCUGUGUCUGGAGCAAGCCGCUUUGCUCUGCCUGCAGAUGCUGGUGGCUGCAGCUGAGAAACAAGAAGAUUUCGAGGUGUUGAUUCGGCAGAUGACCUCGUCAAUCAUGAUCACCUCCAUGGACAAGCUUCUGCUGAGUGUCAACCCCAAGACGCGUCGCCCUGAUUAUCUUGUUACCAUUGCCAAGUUUGUUAUUUUCAACACCAGUCUGGCUUACCAUGCAUUUGCUGCUGUGAAAAUUUUGUACCUCGUCAGUCGGAUGGCACCAACACAAUCGGAUCUCAUUAACCUCUUCACAGCAGAUUCAAGGGUUAGCCAAGAACUCCAAUAUGGGUUUGUGGAAUGUCUGGAGUGUGAUAGUCCAGAGGAGGCCAGUGAUGAUGAGCAAGAGAAUGAAGAAGGUUGGAGUGUAGGCAGGAUUCAGAACUCUUUGAGACAGCAUGUUGUGAGGCUUUUGCUACAGUCUCUUCAGGGCCCAACACCCAACCUGGCACACUGGCUUCUAGGGUUUCAGAUUCAUAAGUCAGUAUCCAAGACCAAUCUACAGGACCCAGGUGUUAUGGAAUCCCCUCGAACGUGUCUGCAUGCCAUUCUCAGUUUGCUGGAGCAAGGAGUGGAGGGUGGGCAUGGCCCACGAUGCCUUCAUGAAAUGCCAUGCUUUGCCGAACUUGCCUACCAACUUAUCUACAAGCUGUGUGCCAGCCGGGAUACUUCAGCUCCCACCCUGCGGUACUUGAGGACCACACAUGAUUUUCUUUACCAACAGCUGAGACACUUACCCUUCAUUCAAAGUGACUACAAGGUGUCCAUCAUCCCGCAUCAGUCCUGGCUGCUAAAGACGGUGGCCAUUGAACUGCGAAUGACAGCCCUUAACCGACAAAGAUCACAUUGCCAGCGGCUUAUCCGCUUGUUGCUGGGGGAUGAUGAUACAGAUCAGACUCAAGUGCUCAAGCCUGUUGGCGGGGAGGAAUCUGAAAUGAUCACCUGGGACCAAGAACAAACUCAGUCAUCUGCAGUGGCUUUAAUUGGGAAACAAAUGCGCAAUAAGCUCCUAUCUCUCCUUGACACUGUUGACUUCACACACCAGUUCCCACCCGAACUUCAGCUGACAUUUUUUGAUCCUAAAAUGAUUGAAGCUGUCCUGAGUAACCAUGAAGUGCAGGAUGCAGAAGGAGUUGCCUAUUAUGACGUGCGCUCACUGAGACGGCUGUUGAUUGCAGAGCUGGACAAUCAGCAAGGGCCCAUGAUGUCUGGACAGCGACCUUUAAUCAUGGAGGAAAUUCAAAAUCUUCUAACUGUGGUGGUCAAGCGGAAUUCUGUGCGUGAGAGACUUCACCAGCAGCGGCAAAACUUCCAGGCAUGGCGCCAGGUUGCGGAGAUUUUGCUUACAGCAUGUCCAGAGGACCUGCUGUCUGGUGAGAAGCGACAAUUAAUCAUCAUGGAGCUGCUUCAAGAACUGCUUGCUAAGGUGGCUGCAGAAAAUACCAUCCCAGAGUCCACAGCACCCGUGUCUGGUGUAGUUUUAACUUUCAUGGCCAACCUGCGACAGGGGUUCCUCAAUGAGCGUUUGCCCUUGACCCACGAUCAACAGAUGCCCCCGAACACAUACAUCAGCCUGCUUGAUCGUAGCUCCCUCACUGGAGCUGGUGCACAAUCUUCACCGUGGAGUCAAGGAGCAUCCUCAAAAGUGUUGUUUGCAACUUCUUUACAGAUCUUGCUGAAGGGCUUGAUAGAGUACAUUUUGAGUUCACGGAGCGGUCAGCAGAGGGUACGAGCAAAUUUGUACGGGUCUUUGCUUUACUAUCUUCAGAUUGCACAGAAGCCAUCUAACUUUUCAAGUGCAGAAGCAGCGCAAGGCAUGGAACGAGUGCUAUCUGGUGGAGACACAGGGUAUGAGCAACUUUCAAAAGAAAAUCUCUCCACAAUAUUUUCUUUUGGUGAAGCCUUCAUGGAGGUUGUGUGCCGAGAUGCUUGUGAUGGCCAUGAUGUGUGCAGGAUGCUAGCAUUGUCUGUCUUGGAUUCCAUCAUGGCUGAGGACAAGUUCCAGCAGUGGCUGUCAUUUCUGGUUACCAAAGGAUACCUGCAACACCUUGUGGACAGUUUGCCUCUGGAUGAUAGUGGGCUGCAUGCAGCGCUAGCUCCAGUGCCGUCACAGCUACGGCCACUGUACAUCUUUCAGUCCAAGAUGUCCAUGCUAACACGAGCAGCCCAGACAGCAGAGGGAGCACGUAAGUUGUUGAGGUGUAACGUGAUGCCACGGCUGGCUGCCUGCACAGCACUUGAUCUUCGACCUGAAACAACCAGUUAUUCUCCAUUGAUGGCAGCUGCAGAUGAUAGUUUCAUCCCAGACCCUUUGGCUCGCUAUCGCCUGAUUCUCUGGGCAGCAUUAAGACUGUGUCUUGCGCUGCUGACCUCUUUAGGCGUUGAAAACAAAGAGGCUGCUUCUCAAGUGAUGAUGUUUAUUGUAUCACAUGGGGAAAUCUUCUAUGGAAUCCUUCAUAAUCGUUCAUCAAGUCUGAGCUACCCAGCCAUGAAGGAGCUUGCUCUUACCACAGCAAUUGUUUCCCGUGCUAAUUGUCAGGUGGAUUUGGCCUCAGAAUUCCUGGACACAGUUGCAGCACAGGUGGAGUUUCAAAGCCACUGUGCUCGGCUUCAUCGGCAGAUGAUGAUGCUUCUCCCUCGCUUCACUUUCUCAGAAAAGUUUUCUAAGCAGCUGCAAAACCUUUCAACACAGAGGGCUCAGGAUGGCAAAGAUAUUGCACCAGACAUCACUCUUGUGUAUCAGCAGAUAGCUUGUAACAUCACUGCAUAUUGCCGUGCUGUUAUCUCAGUAUCAAGUGGUUCAUACAACUAUAGUCGCAUUCUUUUUGGACCCAGUCUUGAUGAAGCUUCAGCUCGUGAUAACAUAGAAGAGUUGUCAGGAAUGGGGAGUCUAAGCACAUACCAGGCGCCAAGUCUGGGUAUUGUUGUGUACCAGCUGCGUCAGUGUGCCAACCAGUUCCAAGCAGUCUCUGAUUCCCACCGCCAACACCAGCGGAAGCUUUCAUCCAUCCAUGAUCUUAGCUCUGAGGAUCUCAAGCAGUUGUCAGACGUCACUGGCUCAGAGAAAAUGUCAUCACACCAGCGACAGGCAGUGGCACGUCAACGACUGCAUCAGAUAGUGGCAAGCAAGAGUCAAGAACUUCAGCAUUUAUCUUAUAUUCUUGAGAAUUGUCUGUUCAUCAUAUGGCGCCACCUAGAGUACUACCUGCUGCGAUGUGUACCUAGUAAUCAGCAGCCAUUGUCCUUCCAGUCUAUAGCUCAAAGACAGCGCCAGAUGAGGCAUCUUCAAGACACAUCCUGGGUGCAGGAAGGUGGAGGUGACUUGGAGGGUGUUAGCAAUGAGAUGGAGGAGGCUGCGUUAGGGGUGACACGCGAAGACUUGCAGACGCUGAAGAAGAAUGCUCCUGUGGUGUUGAAUGAGACGCUGCUGAAAAAAAUUCUUGACAUCAACCAGAGCUAUUGCAAGAGACACACACACUACAGCUUCACAGAGGCAAUUGUUCGUCGGAUUAAAAGACUGCUGCUUCUCCACACAGGAAACUGAUGAUUGCUCUGUGUGUAGUAGUGUUCCAUGUCUGUCCUGUUACAUUACCACCGCAGUGAUGGCCAUGUCAUCUCUCCUCAAUGUCAGUUGUAUCUGACCACAUGCAGUUGCAGAAGCCAAACAUUGUUAAAAUGCAGAUACAAUGGCAAAUCUUUAGAAUGUGCAUGCUUUUGUGACCUGUGUAGGUACAAACUGUGCAUAUUUCUGCCACCUGUGUAGACAAACUGUGCAUAUUUGCAAGUUCUGUUGAGAAGUUAACUUGCAAGAACCGUUGCUAGCAUGCAAUUCUAUGACUGGAAAUGGUGCUUAAUAGCCCCCAUUUGUGAAACUAAUUUGAGAAUUUCACAAAUUUAUCGUGAAGGAUUAUGUGUACAAAAAAAACCCAGGUUUAUGGAAAUGCUUAAAUGUUGAUGUAAGACUGACCAUUUUCCCCACCCUAAACUUUUAAAUGAGUGUAAAAAAUAUGUAUAUCGAAAACACACAAAGGAUUCAUGGACAAGUUCUGACUUUUUUUCUCUUUUUAGUGUUCUUGCUGUUGAAAUAACAAAUCUGUUAUUGUGUAUUUUUCUCAAUUUUCAAGUUGUCUUUUGAGGUUUUUAAAACUGGUAUCCAAGUGCACAGCAAGAUACAGAAUCCUGCAAGGUAAAACAAAAGAAAAAGAAAUAAUGUUACAUUUUAAUUAGAUUGUGCCAAACACAAAUGAAGAGGCUACGAUGCUUUCAUACGUUACUCUUAAGCCAUUCAGGUGGCACCUUAUGUAGCUGUUUUAUGUCAAAGAAACCGAUGAAUCUUC